UUCUACAGAGUAACUGAGAGACAAAGACCCCUUUCAUGACCCACAGCUUCAUUUAAAGACAAUUUAAAUCUUAUUUGACUCGAUUACAAAAUUAAAUUGGUCAUGCAACUCUGUAACAAAGUUCUGCCCUUGAUACCCUGCAGGCUGUCUUGUCCGUAAUCCCCCAGCCAACAGAAAGUUUUCUCCGUCUCUAAACGUCAAACUCCUCCCUUUCAGCGCUCGCAUUGAGCUUGGGUGAGCUACGGAACGGUAGUAACGUUAGUACCAGCAGGCGAGCGGCAGAUAGAUACCGUCGGCACUCACACGGAAGCGGUAGUGGAGGAUUCGCCGAACACGCUCAGAAGAGAAUAACACGCGAGACAGUGGUGUCCAUUCCACAGCACGCAUCCAUGGCGCUGUGUAACGGGGAUAGCAAGCUGGAUAUUGUUGGAGAACCCAAAGAUGGUUUAUGUUCCUAUGAGGGUGCUGUGGUGAUCCUGGAUGCAGGAGCACAGUAUGGAAAAGUGAUUGACAGGCGGGUGCGAGAGCUGUUGGUCCAGUCAGAGAUUUUACCUCUGGAGACGCCAGCGUUUGCCAUCAGAGAGCAGGGUUUCAGGGCGAUUAUUAUAUCUGGAGGCCCAAACUCGGUCUAUGCUGAGGAUGCACCCUGGUUUGACCCUGCUAUAUUCACCAUUGGAAAACCUGUACUUGGAAUCUGCUAUGGAAUGCAGAUGAUGAAUAAAGUGUUUGGAGGCACGGUGCACAGGAAGAGUGUGCGAGAGGAUGGUGUUUUCAACAUUGCUCUGGACAACUCCUGCUCACUUUUUAGGGGCCUGCAGAAAGAGGAACACGUGCUGUUGACACACGGAGACAGUGUCGACAAAGUAGCAGAUGGAUUUAAAGUUGUCGCCCAGUCUGGAAAUAUCAUUGCGGGCAUUGCUAAUGAACAGAAGAAGCUGUAUGGGACUCAGUUUCAUCCAGAGGUGGAUCUGACAGAGAGGGGGAUGGACAUGUUACGCAACUUCCUGUUUGAGAUCGCUGGCUGCAGCAGUAACUUUACCGUCCAGAACCGUCAGCUCGACUGCAUUAGAGAUAUCAGUGAGAAAGUAGACAAAUCCAAAGUCCUGGUUUUAUUGAGCGGUGGUGUAGAUUCAACCGUGUGCACAGCUCUGCUGAAUAAAGCCCUGAAUCAGGAUCAGGUGAUCGCUGUUCACAUUGACAACGGCUUCAUGAGGAAGAGAGAGAGUCAGAGCGUUGAGGAAGCACUGACAAAACUGGGCAUCAAUCUCAAAGUUGUAAACGCAGCACACACCUUUUACAACGGCACAACAACACUGCCAAUAUCAGAAGAAGACCGCACGCCCAGAAAACGCAUCAGCAAAACACUCAACAUGACCACCAACCCAGAAGAGAAAAGAAAGAUCAUUGGGGAUACGUUUGUGAAGGUUGCGAAUGAGGUGAUCGGAGAGAUGAAUCUGAAGCCAGAGGACGUGUACCUGGCGCAAGGCACGCUCAGGCCAGACCUGAUUGAGAGUGCCUCUCAUCUCGCUAGCGGAAAGGCAGAAGUUAUUAAAACGCACCAUAAUGACACAGAGCUCAUCCGCAAACUCCGAGAUGAGGGAAAAGUUAUCGAACCACUGAAAGAUUUCCAUAAGGAUGAAGUGAGAGCGUUGGGACGAGAGCUGGGGCUUCCAGAAGAGAUCGUCUCUCGACACCCCUUCCCUGGUCCAGGUUUGGCCAUUCGAGUGAUCUGUGCUGAUGAGCCUUACAUCUGUAAAGACUUCGCUGAGACCAAUAACAUCCUGAAAAUCAUCACAGAUUUCUCUGCCAGUGUCAAAAAGCCACACACCCUUCUUCAGAGAGUGAAGUCAUGCAUAUCAGAUGAGGAGGAGGAGAAACUGAUGCAGAUCACCAGCCUUCAUUCACUAAAUGCCUUUCUGCUGCCAAUCAAAACUGUCGGUGUCCAGGGCGACUGUCGCUCAUACAGUUAUGUUUGUGGGGUGAGCAGUAAAGAAGCUCCUCACUGGGAUUCACUGAUGUUUCUGGCCAGACUCAUCCCUCGAAUCUGUCACGCCAUCAACAGAGUUGUUUAUGUUUUUGGGUCACACGUAAAAGAGCCGCCCAGUGACAUCACACCCACUUUCCUGACUACUGGUGUACUGAGCACGCUAAGACAAGCUGACUUUGUAGCACACUCCAUUUUGAGGGAGUCUGGCUACUCUGGCAAGAUCAGUCAAAUGCCAAUCAUUCUCACCCCACUGCACUUUGAUCGUGACCCGCUUGCGAAGCAGCCCUCCUGCAGACGAUCCGUGGUCAUCAGAACCUUCAUCACCAGCGAUUUCAUGACGGGUAUUGCCGCUACUCCAGACAACCAAAUCCCUGAAGAGGUGGUUCUUAAAAUGGUCAACGAGAUCAAGAAAAUUCCAGGUAUCUCGAGGGUGAUGUACGACCUUACCUCCAAGCCUCCAGGAACCACAGAGUGGGAGUAGAACAGUGGACUUUACCAUCUGACCUAUCCUUGUCUCCUCUACCUCCCCCUUAACCCAGUACUGCUACAUUCCCUCCCGAAUCCCUGAAUCCCAAAGUUUCUCCGCACCUGCGGACCCCCCCUUUAGUCACGCCGGCCUGCCCUGUCAUUGUCCCACCGAGACGGAACAUUCCCACACAGGCAGGUUGUACUGUGAUUGGCGUAAAACUGACACCGCUACUUGACUUCCGUCUCAUUUUCUGGGGUCGGUUGUAACAUUGGUAUUAUUAUUAUUAAUGUUGUUAUUAUCUUCAUUAUUGAUGAUGAUGAUGAUGAUAAUGAUGAUACAUGGAUUUAGGUUUUUUAUAUCAGCUCUCUGUGUUUAAUGCAUUGUGACAGGUCACUUCUCCAUAUUCUCUGUUGUAGCUACUGAAGGUGGAAGGUCAUAUUAGGGCAGUUGACUGUCCAAGUGCAGCAUGACACGAACAAGCGACUUUUUUUUUUUUAAACAAACGUACAGAUUCUGUUUCAAGGACAAAGUUCCAAAUGCUGUUUCCUGCCUUCUUUAAGAUCAGUUUUCAAUAACCCGGCUUGUGCGGUGUUGAUUUAUUUGUUUGGUUUUCUUACAUAAACUCUUCUCUAAAAGAAGUGGCGAUACGACGUGACCAAUUAAUGUUUUCAACUGUAUUUGCCAAAAACAGAUCAGAGUGUCAUGAGCGCUGCUGUUGCGCUGGUGGACAGCAGGUUUGGUGUAAUAGAGGCUUGCUGUGAAGGAGACGAUGGAGAGCUCCUGGAAUUUGUGCCUGUUUUAUAUUUUUUUGUUUUUCAGGGAUGUGACUUUAUUUUAUGCUGCAUUGUUUUCCUCUCUCUUUUCUAGAAAAGGCAUCAUUUUGACAAAUUCACACCAACAUUAUUGUUUUACAGUUAAAAUCCGCUAACUAAAUCUACCUGAGAAGCAAAGUCCCGUGCAUGAGUCCCGUUGGCUUUAGAGAAUAAAUCUUGAUUUACAUUUUUCCCCCAAUUGUUUUAAGGAUAAAUCUAGAAUAAAUGAGUGAGGUUUGUGUCUAAAACAAGACAAAAAGUGCCAGUGAGAUGAUAAACUUCAUACAUGAUAUAUGUGUUAUACACCAGUUAUGCUUCUUGGGUACAUUUGUCUUGUAUAAAGAACGUUGAGGUAUUUUUACUGUGAAACAUGAGGGAAAACAAAUUGAGAAAAUGAUUUUUUGUUUCAGUAAGAUCAAUAGUGUACUUAUUUUCACCGAUAAAGGCCUUGGGAUUUUCUUGAGCUGGGCAGAGCAGUCUUGUUUCCAAAGGCACAAGAAAGAAGAUGCAGACAGAGAAAAGAGUAGAUGAUUGACGGGACUUUUAUUCUGAAGAGCAGAAACCAUCCGAAUAGGUCAAAUCCUUUAUAAGCCAGUUUGAGCUUUACAGAUUUUUAACUAUAAGCUGCUGUCAAUGUAGGAGUCCUGUGGGUAUGGUUUCAAUAUUUCACUCCUUUAACAAACAUGUGGUCUUAUAAAUGUAGAGAGGGGGAUGCUUUGAAUGGACACCAAUGGAGAUCUAUGUCCAGCCCUCGGUCUAAUUUAUGAUGUAGAGAAUUGUUGUGUUAUGAGUAACAUGCUUGGUAUUUAUUGUCUUCAAAGAUUUCAUUUCAUAACCUUCUGUUGUCACAAUAGCAAAAAACUGCAAGAUGAACAUCUUUGUCUUAAUUGUCUUUUCUGUGUCACCUUUACUGUAGUGUAUAUUUUACAUGUCUAUUGAAAAUACAUCUAACAAGUUCCUAGUGGAUAAACUGCAAUAUUACAUGAUAUUCAGUUUAAUUUAUGCAAUUCUAUGUCGAUUUUCCCGCUCCCCUUUUGUUUAAAAAUGAACAAUGCUGUUUUACCUUAGUAUUGUGCCUCAGACCAAGCCACCGCAUGCAGUUUGAAGCUGAUAUUUGUAUAAUGCAAACUGAGCUUUAAUAAAGAACUCUGUGUUCAGAUUUU